AGUCAAGUCAACAUGGCCAAUUAUUUGACAUUUGUGCUGCUCUUCCUUGUGCUUCGGCUCGAGCUGCAAACGGUCAGUGGCUAUUCAGCUGAAAUUUAUGACUAUAAGGCUCCUUCGCAAUACAGAAGCUAUAUGAAGACUCCGGAUGCUGUAAAGAAGUACCGCAAUCUAAUGAUGCCCAGUCGUCUGAAGGAGCUUACUCCGAAACAACGUGAACUCAUAUCGGACAAUUGCAGGCCGGUCGGCAUGCCAUGUAAUUUUCGCGAGGAGUGCUGCAGUUAUUUGUGCUUGAAACGCAGUAGAAUCUGCGUCGUCUGAUAAUAGAUCGCAUCAUCAAAUAAAUAUACUACAUUUUCAAUUAA